AGAGGGUUUCAGUGGAUUAGUGCGAGUCUGAGUUCUGGGGCACCUGAAUCUGAAAGUACAUUUACAGUACAACCCCUGCACUUCAUCUCCCUUCAGGAUGACACUGUGAGGUUCAAAAAACGUCGACAGGCUUCAGAGCGUGAGGGUAUGAAUUCAAUCUCACCUCAAUCUCAAAAACCCUUACCAGAGUUCUAAUUCGGCACAACUCUUUUCUUCGCAAAAGUUAAAAGAAACUUUCUACGUGAUAUCGCAUUGCGCAGCGAUCUAAGAAGUGGAACGUACGUACCUAGUUUUCAACACACCGCUCAAAAAGAUGCCGCUGGGCUGCGUGGCCAACAUUGCGGAUACCCGCUACCACAAACUGGCGGACGACCUGAAGGUGCUUCUGACCAGCAACCCAAGCUACGACGAUGGCAAUUACGGCCCGGUUUUCAUCCGUUUGGCCUGGCACUCUAGCGGAACCUACGACCCGGUCACCAAGAAGGGAGGAUCGAAUGGUACUGAGUUGUUUCUCAUAGAAACUUGUUGGUCAUUAUCGUGAAAAGAUAUUAUAAAAGUGAGAACAAUUUUCUCCUGCUGUAGUUUUGAGAAGUAAGAUCAUUGCAGGUACAACUUACUAGCUAGCAGCUUUGCAAUUACAUUUAUCACAGGCGCGACUAUGCGCUUCGAGCCGGAAGCGAGCUUCGGCGCCAAUGCGGGCUUGGGCAUCCCCCGGAAGGUGCUUGGCGACUUCCGCGAUGCAAAGCACCCCUGGGUUUCUGCCUCGGACCUGUGGAUCCUGGCGAGUUACGUGUACCUGGAAUCCAGCAACGGGCCCGUGAUUCCCUUCGUCCCCGGCCGCGUGGACGCGUUGCCGGCCGAGGUCGAGAAGCUGCCGCCAGACGGCAACCUGCCGGACGCGGAACAGGGAAAGCUGGGCGAGGACUUGAAGUCAAAUUUCGCCGAGGAACAGACCGCCUGCAUCGCGCACAUCAGAAAGGUCGUCAUGAUUUUUUCCCAUCUUGUUCGAUGAAAUGCCACGCAUGUCUGUCAUAGUGCAUGCAUGUUGCAGAGGAUGGAAGUUCAAUCGUAUGCAAGCAUGCUCUAGUAAUUACUACUGCGAAACUACUACAGAUCUUCGGCCGCAUGGGAUUUACGGACCGCGAGAUGACGUGCCUGAUUAUUGGGGGCCACGCGUACGGGCGGUGCCACCCCGACCGAUCUGGCUACGCCGGAAAGUGGAUCAGCAAUCCAGUCAAGUGGGGUGGGCGAGAGUACAUCAAUUAUCCAUGAUGUGAAUUUUUGAUGCAAAAAUGUUAGUACUACGGAUUUCCUUGAAACAUUGCGUGGAACUUCCAAUAAAACUGCUCUGGACUGUUGCACUUAAAAUGGUAUUCAUCCUCCAAGAGGGUGCAGGAAAGGAAAGGAAAACUAAAGGACACAGCACAUCUACGUGAAAAUCGCUUCUCUCCAGGUACUGCAUGCUUUUGCAGGAGCAGAACAUGUGGCGCAUAGUCGACGGCAAGACGCCGAUCAACUCCAGCGACAAGGUGACGGGCGUGUGCCCGUUCUUCGACAAGAAGACGAAGACGGGACAGAAGCAGUACGUUGACAAGUUCAACAAGAAGAUGAUGCUGUUUACCGACAUGGCGCUCGUGUGGGACCCGGAGUUCAAGAAGUACAUCGACAUGUACGCGGCCGACGACGUGCUCCUGAAGAAGGACUUCGGUGAGCAGUACAAAAAGUUGACCGAGCUCGGCUGCCCCUUCGCCGCGGGUGGCAACAAGGAGGACACGCUGGCAACGAUGCUGCGCAAAAUCAGCAACGUCUGCUGCGAAGUGUGCUCGGGAAAGCCGACCAUUUAAAGGAGCGCUCGGAGUGCGGGAUGGUUUUAGUAUUUAUAACAAGGCUUGAUUUUAUUUCCUGUUUCCGUUUCAAAUUUUCAAGUCGACUCUCUUCAUCUUAUUUUUCUUGAUGGAGAGGUUGAUGCGAAAUAUUCAUCGUUCUCUUCAUGCAUGAUGUGUUGAUUCAUAAUUUUGCUGCUGUCGUACCGUUUCGCGUUUCCAGAUUUAGCGCCAAAACAACCCAGCAGGCUGGCAAAUGAGUAAUCAAGUCCAAGUUCGCGUUUCCGAGUUUCGACUAGUAAUUUCGAUCAUGGGCACAAGUGGCACUACAGCAACCAACAUUCAAUUUUUGUUCAGUAGAAUUUCAAUAAUUUUCAGCGAGCGACAAUUUUCGGGAUCUUUCUACCUGCAUCCGCAUUUUCGAGCACCAUUGCGAAUUUGAAUUUCCAUUUUCCUCUCAUGUAUGUGCUGCUGGUACUAGCUGGAGUUGACAACAAUUUGAGCUGAGUCCAAAGCAACACUGUACGCGAGUCUUCCUAAAUUUUCUUUUCGCAGUAUGGUUUGUGCUAUUCAACGAUUUUUUACGACGUUCUUGUUGUUUCUCCCAGACUCGUUUUUCCGAUUCAAGACGAGUGGCAUUCUGUGAAUAACUUUCCGAUCGGUCUGUGAAUCACUCUCAGCUUUUAAUCUUUUCGACACCGUAAUAUCAGGGAGCUCGAGCCUUGCCCUUUCAACGUGACUUUUUCAAAUGUACUUUGCGCGUAUCGAUCGCAUGAAACGUGUUUCAGGGUGUAGGAAGGCUGCUCUGUGUCUCGCUACAUUCCUCGUGUGAAGGAGACACUGACCCGCUUAACUUGCAUCAACAUAAAACGCAAACGCAACAUAGGCCACACGUAACCCAGAAAAACAUGACAGCCGUUUUGUAGCAGGCUUGGAUAAAAGGAUAUUUGUCCUGCCGGCUGCGUACCCUACCGGGUUGUGAUGGAACUUGCUCAUCCGCAUGGAAUUACUUACACAUUGAUUCUUGUUCUUGAUGCGAUCCUACACAAUUUUUUCACGUUCAUCUACCAGAAAAG